ACAUUGCAUCAAAUUCACCAAAAUCACUCAUCCUUGAGUCUUCACUGUCUUUCUUUCCUUCACAAUGCUUUUCUUCAUUACCGUAUUCUUCAUCUUCAUUGCACUAAGAAUAUGGAAGAAAUCGAAAAGCAACUCAACCCUAAAUCUACCUCCAGGGCCAAAGAAACUACCUCUAAUAGGGAACAUACACAAUUUAGCUGGCUAUUUACCCUAUCACCGUCUAAGAGAUUUAUCCAAUGAAUACGGACCCAUUAUGCACCUUCAGCUCGGCGAAAUUAACAGCAUAGUCGUUUCUUCGCCGGAACUUGCUAAAGAAGUUAUGAAAACCCAUGAUAUAAAUUUUGCUUACAGGCCUUUUGUCCUCGCCGGAGAUAUAGUAAGCUAUAAGUGUAAAGAUAUUGCAUUCGCCCCUUAUGGCGAAUACUGGCGACAACUGCGAAAGAUGUGCUCCCUCGAAUUAUUAACCGCGAAACGUGUACAAUCUUUCAAAUCAAUAAGAGAAGAAGAAGGAUCUAAACUCCUCCAAUCGAUAUCUUCGAGCUCUGGAUCGCCUGUCAAUUUUAGCAAAAUGACGAGUUCGUUGACAUACAGUAUUAUUUCAAGAGCUGCAUUCGGUAAAGUAUGCCAAGGAGAAGAAGUAUUUGUGCCGGCUGUUGUAAAGUUGACUGAAGCAGGAAGAAGCAUUAGUCUUGCUGAUGUUUAUCCUUCCGUUAAAUUGUUUAAUACUUUUAGCGUUGUGAGGCGGAACGUGGAGAAGAUCCAUAGUGAAGUAGAUAAGAUAGUUGAAAAUAUUGUGAAGGAACAUAAAGAGAGAAAAAGAGUGGAGGAUAUUGGCAUGAAGAGUAAAGAGGAAGAAGAUCUUGUAGAUGUUCUUUUGAAAUUUCAAGAAAAUGGAGACGUUGAUUCAUCUCUAUCCGACGAGAGCGUCAAAGCAGUCAUCUUGGACAUGUUUAUCGCGGGUAGUGACACUUCAUCUACAACUUUGGAAUGGGCAAUGUCAGAAAUGAUGAAAAACCCAUCAAUAAUGGAGAAGGCACAAGCAGAAGUGAGGAAAGUUUUUGGUUCAAAAGGAAAGGUUGAUGAAGCAGGCUUACAUGAACUAAGCUACUUGAAAUUGGUAAUUAAAGAAACUCUGAGAUUACACCCUCCAGUCCCAUUGUUACUUCCAAGAGAAAAUAAAGAGAAUGUUGUGAUCGAGGGUUAUGAUAUACCUGCGAAAUCUAAAGUCGUUGUAAAUGCAUGGGCUAUCGCAAGAGAUCCUAAAUAUUGGGAUGAAGCUGAGAGAUUUUAUCCAGAAAGAUUCAUUAAUAGUUCAAUUGAUUUUAAGGGAGCAAAUUUUGAAUUCAUCCCAUUUGGAGCUGGAAGGAGGAUGUGUCCUGGAAUGAUAUUUGGUCUUGCUUCUGUUGAGCUUCCACUUGCACAGUUGCUAUAUCAUUUUGAUUGGAAGCUUCCUGGAGGACAGAAGCCAGAAGAUCUUGACAUGUCUGAAGAUCUUGGUGGUACAGCGACGAGAAGCAAUGCUCUCUAUUUGAUUCCCACUCCGUAUAUUCCUCCCACAGUUGGCAAAAUCUCAAGAUAAAUUAGUUUGAGAUCAGAAAACUAAUAAGUCAAUUGACAUAUUCUAAUGUUGUUUCAUAUCUGAUCAUGUAGGAUUGGAUGAAAUAUUUUGAUGUUUUAUUCUACUUAAUUAAUUUUAUUUGAUGAUAUAAUACCAAUAUGUUUCUAUAAGGUC